CUACGUGAGGCCCGAGGCUUCCGAACAGUGCGGGCCCAGGGCUCCUGGGUUCAGAGCUGGAGGCUAGGGCCCCGGCGCGGCCGCCGCCCGAGGCUAGCCCGAGGCCCCGCUCGCCGGCAGAAAACCGCACCUCGCGGACCCUGCCAGUUGGCCCACGGUCGCAGUCGCCUGGACCGCGUGGCCGUUCGCCCCUCCGCCGCUGUACACGGCAGCACGGGGAGGAGACGGGAGCGGCUCUUGUUCCGGGGGCCGGCCCCCCGCCCCGUGCUAGGAAAGGGGCCUAGUUCAGAGAAAAGAGCAGCAAAAAUUGAAUUGAAUGAAAUGCAAAAGCAAGAAAUUAAAGAGGCCUUUGACUUAUUCGAUGCUGAUGGCUCUGGGACCAUAGAUGUGAAAGAAUUGAAGAUUGCAUUGCGGGCCUUAGGAUUUGAACCAAAGAAAGAAGAAGUUAAACAAAUGAUAGCUGAAAUGGACAAAGAAGGAAUUGGCACCAUUAGUUUUGAAAAUUUUUUUGCCAUUAUAAGUGUAAAAAUGGGUGAGAAAGAUGAAAAAGAAGAAAUAUUGAAGGCUUUCAAAUUAUUUGAUGAUGAUGAUACUGGGAGGAUAACACUAAGUAAUAUCAGGAGAGCCGCCAAGGAGCUCGGGGAGAAUUUAACAGAUGAUGAACUGCAGGAAAUGCUUGAUGAAGCUGAUUAUGAUGGGGAUGGAGAAAUAAAUGAGGAAGAAUUUUUGAAAAUGAUGAAGAAGACUGCUCUUUAAUACUAUUCUUUUCUGUCCCAUUUGUUAUAUGAUUCAAUAAUGUAAGAUCUGAAUGGAUUCAUUUUCAAUUUUUAGUUUGUCUACACAGAUUGGUCUCUUGGUGUCUGUGUGAAAAGUUGUAUUUCUACCAAUAUUGUUAUAUUUGCCAUACAAAGAAACAAAACAUGAGAGCUUCCUUGAGCCAAGAAUGUAAGAGCAGUGUUAAUUCCAACUGCUUUUUUUAAGUGGGUUCCACAGACUUAGAAUUUUAUUGAAGUUUAUUGCAGUUGGCCCCACAUCCAAAUGAAUCUGGCAAACAAACCAUUAUUAU